AUGACCACAUCUCCGGCUGAGCGCUACUGGAUCUUGCAGAAGAUCGGCUCGGGAGCCACCGCUACCGUAUUCAAGGCCAUUGACACGUUGGAGCGCCGUACCGUCGCCCUCAAGGUCUUCAACACCUCCAAGCCAGGUCCUUGCGACAGCGACGAACUCUCCUUCUACCCGCUCUUUGAGGGUUGCAGCACGGUGGCCCAAGCCGAGGCCAGCUACACCAACAGCCAGGGCCAACAGUGCAUCGUCCUCCAAUACAUGCCCCACGGCACCCUCUUCGAGUACAUCCACCCAGCCUCCUCCGUCGUCCUUACCAUCCACCAGACCCGGCGUUGGAUCCGCCAGCUUGUGGCUGCCGCACAAGAGUUUGCCCUGCGCGGUCUUGUCCACGGUGACAUCAAGCCCGAGAACUGCCUCAUCAGCGAAGCCGGUGAUCUCGUUCUCCACGAUCUCGGCACCACCACCCGCAUUGGCCAUCGACAUGGUCGCUACAUCCCCGGUACUGAGCUCUACAUGGCCCCAGAGUUGCUACGCAGUCAACCCUGCAACACGCCUCAAGACGUGUGGGCCAUCGGCCUUGUCAUUUAUGCCGCCCUCUUCGCCGAUCUGCCGUGGGACCGGGCCAGUCGUCGCGAUCCUCUCUUUGUCGCCUACCAGUCUGCUGGCCGUUUGCCCGGCAAAGCCGCCCUGGAGCUGCUGACCCCGGCCUUUCACAAUUUGCUCCUCCGCAUGCUCGACCCCAACCCCCAGACACGUGCCUCUCUUGAGCAAAUCGCCGCCUUUAUCGACAGCAACGCUCCCUGGUUCCGCUGCCAAGAAAGCCCCGCUGCCACCCCUUCCCCAAGCUUUACCAAGCUGAACCAGACUGCCCCCAAACUUCCAACACCGGCAUCCCCCGCGCCUCCCUCUCCACCCACCAAGGCCAAGGGCGCGCCCCGUCACUCCAUGGUUCACAAGCGGCCCUCCAGCGUCCACUCCAUUGCCAUUUCACACCGCAGCUCCCCCGGCACCAGCUCCCCCGGUGCCAGCUCACUGGUGUCCAGCUCUUCUCUCAACCGCUUUCUCAACACUACAGUUUUGUAA